UACAUCCUGCUUUAAACCCUUUUAGGGAUCUGUUAAGGAGUUCUGACUUAUAUUUUAUCGGUGUGGAUUAUUCAGUACAUAGUGACAUUAUCUGGCGAAAACCCUUUUAGGGAUCUGUUAAGGAGUUCUGACUUACAUUUUAUCGGUGUGGAUUAUUCAGUACAUAGUUACAUUAUAUGGCGACGAGGAGAAAAACGAUGUGAAUUUUUGGAUGUUACGUAUUUUGAUGAUACUGGAAUGUUGCGACUUAGUGUAUUUGGAAUUAUCAGAGUGAUCUACAUAUGAGUUGCAGUAUAGUUUCGAGCAAAUGGAAUAUUGAGAAUUUAUCUAUCAUGGAAUAAUUAGCGCUCAUAUGAUAUAUAAGCGUAUAGAUUUUUCUCAUUGUGUACGGAAUGGAUGAUUAUUAUGUUCGUAUCAAUCAUCAUUAUUAUUUCUAGAGAUUAUUGUAGGCUCGGUAGAGCAGUCGAGAAGAUAAGAUAAAUACCAUAGUAGAAAUAAUUUGUACACAUUAUUAUUGGGAGAUGAUUUGUUGAAGAUUGUAAAAUAGAUACUGAUCGUUCAUUGAUCCGGACACAAAUAUUGGUUGAAGUAUUACCCGCUGCUGAAUUCAACAGUUUUUUUUUCAGUGUCACUGUAGACAAAUGGCGUUAAAAGUCAGGAAUACUAAUGUAUCAAUAGUUGACAUUGCAUAAAUACAAUUAUAAUUAUAAAAAUAAUUACAUUUCAAAAUUGGUUUGGACUGAAAAAUUGGUUCUUUAAUAUAAGUGGAGAUAUUUCGUUCUGUCUGCUCUGAGCAUGGAUGUAAUAUGACCAUAUGAAUUGAAUGAAUUUGUGAUAUCUACACUAUUUAAUUAUUUAAUUGAUCGAUGUUAAAAGUUCACUGUGAAGGAGUGCAGCGAUAAUCAUUUAUAAUGACCGAUUGUUCUCAAGUAAACUGGACAUACUUAAUAUUCCUACAUGGAUUAAAAGCGGAUUAAGUCUAGUGUACCAGCUUAUAUAAAUCUGAAAUUUUAAGGAAAGAAACAAAACAUGGAUUACUUUACAUAAUGUGGCAAUAAAAUAUCAAGAACGACGUGAGGAACGUGAAUAAAUCUUGCAGUCUGAGGAAUAAAUUUAAAAUGACAUUGUUCCUUCUAUAAUCGUUGUGUUUUAAAAUUUAUGAAGUCUUUAAAAUAACAGGGAAAUUAUUCACUUGUGCAGUGGAAUAUAUAUGUUGCAUGAUGGUUUUAUUUAAAUUCAUCAAGGAAAUGAAAUAAUAUCGCCAGUGAGGAAAUAUAUAGUUUUGCGCUUGUGUAUUAUAAGUGUAAGGGGCGUAGGGUACGAUGCUGCUGCUGGGAUCCGAUGUGGAGACCCGACGAGGGUCUGUGCCCACUAAUGGACUUGUCGACGAAGACAAUGGAGUUGAGGGAAGAUGCAUGAUGGAGAAUGGUGUUGCCGGGGACAGCGAUCUGGUGUCCGGCCUGUUUGACCAGUUCUGUCACGCCUCAACAUGUCGCGCCAUCAUCACUGCCUUCCAGGCCCUGACAGACCAUGUUGGGCUUACGCACGCGGACCACCGGAACUUCUACCGGAAGUUGCGGGCCCGAAUCAACACAUGGAAGGCCCACGCCUUGUGGGUGAAGAUGGACAAGCGGGCCAGCCACAAGGAAUACAAGCGAGGAGAAGCCUGUGCAAACACAAAGGUCAUUAUAAUAGGAGGAGGGAUAUGUGGUCUCCGUUGUGCCAUAGAGAUGGCGUUGCUAGGGGCACGCACGGUCGUCAUGGAGAAACGCGACAGGUUCUCCCGUAACAACGUCCUCCAUCUUUGGCCCUUCCUCAUUGUGGACCUGAAAAACCUCGGCGCCAAGAAAUUCUACGGGAAGUUUUGUGCUGGAGCAAUAGAUCAUAUUAGUAUUCGACAACUGCAGUGCAUUCUGCUGAAGGUGGCACUCCUGGUUGGUGUGGAAGUUCAUCUCAACGUUAGUUUCCUUGAUGUCAUCGAACCAUCAGACAAAAGUACGGGGUGGCGAGUAAAGUUGGAGCCGGAGGACCAUCCGCUGUCAGAGUACGAGUUUGAUGUCCUCAUCGGUGCGGACGGGAAGAGAAACACUCUUCAAGGCUUUAAACGGAAGGAGUUUCGUGGAAAACUAGCCAUAGCUAUCACUGCCAACUUCAUCAACCGGAACUCGCAAGCCGAAGCCAGGGUAGAGGAAAUAUCAGGGGUGGCGUUCAUCUUUAACCAGAAGUUCUUCAAGGACCUCAAUGCGGAAUGUGGGAUAGACCUUGAGAAUAUCGUGUAUUACAAGGAUGAGACCCACUACUUUGUCAUGACGGCUAAAAAGCAGAGUCUACUAGAGAAGGGCGUUCUUAAAAGGGAUUAUGUGGACACAGCCUCCCUGCUGGCUAAGGACAAUGUGAACCAAGACACCCUUGAGAGUUACGCCCGUGAGGCUGCGGACUUUUGCACCAAGCACAAGAUGCCUCAUCUUGACUUCGCUGUCAACCACUUUGGUCGCCCAGACAUCUCCAUGUUCGACUUUACAUCACUGUUCCAGGCAGAAAACUCUUGCCGGGUAAUGGAACGGCAUGGCAAGAAGCUUCUUACGAUGUUGGUCGGUGACAGUCUGCUCGAGCCCUUCUGGCCAACUGGUUCUGGCUGUGCCCGUGGUUUUUUGGGAGCGUUCGACGGUGCGUGGAUGGUGAAGCAAUGGUCAUCAGGCAAGAUGACACCCCUCCAGGUGAUUGCUGAGCGGGAGUCUGUUUACCAGCAACUGUCUCAGACAACACCCGAGAACCUCAGGCAGAACCACUCACAAUUUACUCUUGACCCUGCCUCCAGGUAUACAAAUUUGAAGGCUAAGUGGCUUAAGGCGAAGCAGGUUCAACAUUUAUAUGACACGGGCGACAACACGCUUAAGGAUGAACUUAUCGAGAUACCAAAGCCCAAACCUGGUGAAAUAGUGGACACAUACAGCUUGUUGCGGUGGUGUCAGAAGAUUGUGAACGUUGACCGGUACCGCUGCGUUAACGUGACCGAUUUCUCAACCUCCUGGCGAUCUGGGAUGGCCUUCUGUGCCCUCAUGCACUUUCUCAAGUCUGAAGCCAUUGACUAUGACAGUCUAGAUGAAGCAGACGUGGUUGGUAACAACCAGCUAGCAUUCGAUGUCGCCCAGCGAGAGUUCUCCAUCACACCAGUGUUGACUGGGGAGGACAUGGCCGCAUGUGAACGGCCAGACAAACUGACCAUCGUCUCUUAUCUCACACAGUUGUACGACCAUUUCAAGAAGCAGAGGCCACCCAGUGAAGAGUUCUUAAACAGUAGCUGGGAGGAGAGUCGCAAACACCGGUCCCCAGCUCACAAGAUCUCAAUCCUCCAGAAGCUUAGAUCCUCGCGUGUAAGCCUUUCCAAGCUCAAGAAGUCCAUCAAGCGUGAACAUGACGACGUCGAGAGGCAUAAUAAUGUGAAUAACAGUUGCCAUGGCAACGGCAAGGUGGAGAAAAUUGGCAAGGUCAACAGUGUGUUCACGAAUCCGAAUUAUCAGGCUAGGGACGUCAGUAAUGGUAAUGUUGAGCUUACCCGGUUCAGUAAGGUUCAGAUAGACAAGUUGCCGAUCGCCAAGAUCAAUGAUCGCCUCUACGAGGGUAACGCCAAACAUGAUGAUCCUUACCAUCGCACCAAGGAUAGCAUGCAGAAAUUGCCCAUGGACGAGAUUACAAAUCGCCUUACGACAGAGAAAGCGGACGAGUUAAAGGCGAUAAAGAUGCGCGAGCAGAUGAUGCCGGUGGUCAAGGUCAGCAAAAUGGCUGAACUUCUCGUGUCCAAAUUUAAGAAGAACUCUGAUGAGCCUCCCCCGGAACCCCUCACUAGAAGAGUGAAGGGUCAGCCUAUGAUGGUAGCGUCCCAGCCGGCCAGUGAGUUCUGUUUCUUCUGUAAGAAGCGUGUGUACAUCAUGGAGCGAAUGUCUGCCGAGAAUGUCUUCUUCCACAGUCAGUGCUUCAAGUGUGACUUCUGUGGCGUUGUGCUUCGAACCAAUACAUACUCUGUUGAUAAAACCUCUUAUGGUGAUGCUACGAGGUUUUUCUGUCAGAGACACGCCCUGCCCCAGAUGCGAUGGGGAAAGCCAGCGAGGAAGAGGGUGGCUGAAGAUGCCCCCGACAUGGUAUCUAACAAGAUGGCUGUCGCCGAUACCACUAAUAUUGGGCCGCCACCUUCCAAACAGCCCUCCAUGCCUGCGUCCACCAAGAAAAUACCAGACAUGCUCUCCCCAGUGAAGAACAUAGAUGAUCUUGCGGAGAGCUUGAAGACUCCAGAGCGCGUGGAGUUUGAGCUGGAGGGCUUGGAAGAGGAGACGGAGGAAGAACAAUGGGAACACAACAUGAGUAUGUCCUUGUGUCAUGAUGAGGAUCUCGGUGUGGAAGACUUGGACCAGGAUGAAGACUCUGACUCUGACUUAGAGGAGUUACUUUCAGAAAUGGAUGAGAUGGAUUAUGAGGAAGUGUCUCAGCUACUACAUGUUUGGUCUGAGGACGAGGACUUCCAGGAAGCAGUGGAUCUGUACACGUCUGGCCGGCUAGAGGAGUCACUCCACCUUGCCAAGGAGAGCCUGCGACGAUCCACGGAGGACCUGCUGGUUGGAGAGGCGGACGGAUACAUGCGACUUGAGGAAGGCGAGGAUACUGAGGUCGAUGAGUAUGAAGGUGAGACAGAUACUGAUGAUUCAGACACGGAGAUGGAGGAAGAUACAAUGGAGCCGCCCAGCCAGCAAGCCCGGACCGAGCCCGUAGCAUCUGACAAUGCCAAGUCUAUCUCUGAGCCCAGUAACAGCAUCAGCGUCUCUAAAAGCAAGAGCACUAACAUGUCAGAUGUUCCUAAGCCCGUCACGAGUGCCCGCAGCCCGGGCCAGUCGGCCUCCCAGGCAAAGAAAAAUUUCUUCGACACUCCUCCGGAACCACUCAGACUGGACCCAUUUAAAAUGUUUGGUAUGGAGAGAAAGAAUCCUGUCAAAGAGGAAGCAGUCGUGAAUAAAGAGAUUGAGCUUAACACUGGGGUCGGGGAAAUGGAGUCGGAUGAAGUCACUGAUUCACAGGUGAACUCUGGUGAGCUGGACAAAGCUGGGAGGACAGGGACUCCAUGUACAGAGGACGAGGCAGACGAAGCAUUUGUAUCGGCUGAAUUCGGUGAUGAUGAAAAAGUGGCAGUCAGUCGGGCGAUGGAACAGCUGCUUGUGGACAUGGAUCAUCGGUCAGAAUCAGUCAGUGACUCCGGGGACGUACUGCAUGCCAAUAGUGAAGAGGAGGAGGGUGACGAUGAUGUGUUCCGGGCUUACAGACAACACCUUGAGUCUCGAGAUUCUAUGGGGUCUCUGUCUGGCAGUGAGGGUCCUGCAAGCUCGCACUCUAAGCACUCAUUGGCCAGCAGUAACCUUGAUUCCAAGUCAUCCUCCAGCGUGGAUAGGCUUAAAUCUGACUCGGACAGUCUCAAAGGAGGCUCUCUGUUGUCUAAGAAAAGUGUAAAUAAUGUGGACUCUACUAGUGAAUUUGGAGCUACAGAAAAAUCUGUGUUAAGAAGUGUUAAGGACAUGAGUGAUAAUUCUAACUCUACUUUAGGGUCUGGUGAGACCACAUUGCAGGUGUUAAGAAGUGUUAAUGAGAUUAAAAGUGGUGACGAUGAAAAGGUUGAAAGGUGUAUACAAUACCUUGACGAUAGAUUUGUGACAAAACGUGGUCGCGGAGGCUCGGGAGCACACGAGAGUAGAUCUGAGAAAUCCAGCAGUUUACGUAGGUCUGGUAGCUCAGACAGCUUUACCAUUUCCACACCUAGUCAUUCAUCAAACCAUACCUCUAACAGUUCACUUGGGGAGGAGUUUGAACAAAAUAAAAACUUCCUAGCUGCAAAUGGGAGCGAGGAUGAGAGGCCGGACUCUCAGAUGAUGGAGGAUUAUAACACAACAAUGAGCCAGGUUUUGGAUGAGGAAGAGUUGUCUCCCAUGGAAGUUGCCCCGCAAGGGGUGGAGGACUUAGACCAAACCUUGCACGCUGAGGAUGUGGAGGCCGCCUCACCCAGCCUGGAAUACUUGUCGCCCAGGUCGGAGCUCGGUGAUCAGUCAGAUAGGAGUGAAUAUCAAUCGCCCAGGUCAGACCGAGCCAGUAGUGUGUACGCUACACCAGACACCAGCCUCACGGAAGAAGUUAUUGUACAACAGGUGAUUGACACUGUCUCUGAAUCUGUGAAAAAUGACACAAGCAACAGUGGUACUAAGAGAAAAUCUAGUACGCCAAAAGGAAAUUCGUCUAAAAAAAGUGCCAAAUCAGAAUCAUCAAAGUCUAGUAUACUUGGAUUUAGUGUGAAAAAGAAGAAAUCAGACACUGUAAAGUCACCUAAGGUGAUUAAAUCAGAGGUAGUUAACACACCUGUAAUGCCUGUUAAGUCUAAGACUAUCAUACGGCCCUACAGCCACCGGUCUCGCGAGGGCUCGGUAGAAUGCAAUCCCCUUGAAAAGGAUGCUUGGGGAGAUUCAAGCUCCUGUGGUAGUCUCAACUCCGCAGAUGCCUCCCAGAAGUCAUGGAGGCCGCUCCCUCCCCUGCCAACAGAGUCUUUAGAAUCUCCUAAACAGUCAAAGACUGUCAAAAAUGGGGCAGGCAGAAAACUGCCUGACCUGGGUCAAACCAAAUCACCAGUUGUGUUUCAAAGUAACUUUAUGAAAAAAGCUUACAAUUCUAAUACUGACUCCGGUGGGGAUUCAAGUGGUCAGUCUGUGUCUCCAACACCUGUGAUAACCAGUCAACCCAGACCUCUUCCCCCUAGGCCUGUGGUGAACCAGUCUGGUGCAGUGAAUAAGAACAGUGAACAAUUUAAACCAGUCCAGAGUAGUGAAUUGUUAUCUAGUGGUACAAGAACUAAAAUUAGUGUUGAUUAUUCUAAAUUAACUACAAAUAAAGAAAGUGACAGUGAAAACGACAAAAAGAAGAAAAGGAUACCAGUCGCUGCAGCUUUAAAGAAAUCUAUAAAACCAACUUUGUCUAAUAGUAGUGCAACCAAUGAAAAGAGGGGGGAACAGUCAGAUGACAUUCCUUUUGCAGACGACAGUGAGAACGAUGUUCCAGAAGAAAGGUUUUUCACUCCAUCUACGUCUGUAAAACCUAAACUUAAGAUAAACAGGAAAGAGGGCGAGAAGUGUGAUGCAAGGAAGAGGAUCUUGCCCAUCCCGCCUCAGACUAGCCCCACUGUGCUGGACUCUGAAAAGAUCAGGGACAUACGCAGGGUGGAGAUGGACAAAGCUCGAGAGGAUGCUCGCCAGAGGGCACGACUUAAGAGCGACGAAGAGCUGGGCCUGAGGGAAACUCCAUUAAAGUACAAGAGGGGCAUUAGCACAGAGUCCUCCCAGAGUCCAUAUCCCAGUACAUCAGAUAGAGUCUCAGAAAGUGAUGAUGUGAAGACUCCUCUGCCUAGAUUGCAGGUUUCAUUUACACCUAACAUUCCUGAGUCGAACGGCACCCCAAAACAUAGUAAAACCAAAAAGAAGAAAAAGAGCAAAAGCAGGGAAGGUAGUACGUCGUCUGUUGAGUUCUUGGAUAGUGAGGUUAAGAAAGAGAACAAGAAGAAACGCUCACUUCUUGCCUCAAUUUUGUCCGGUGUUAAAACCCCAACCACGGACAAACAGCGAGAUCGAGAUGGAUCGUCUUCGAAUGACACACUAGAAGAGAAAUCAACGAAGAAAAAGAAGACCAAAACACCAAAAUCAGAAAAAAAGAAAAAGGACAAGAAGAGGAAGACGGCGUCAGUGGAUGACAGCCUGCUGUCUGAUAACAUGCGAGAGCUGAAGAUUGGCUCUGUGUUCUCGGAGAAGACAGGCAGGCGGCCAGCAUUCCGUACCAAGAUCUCCCCACCUAAGGCUUCUGUGGAUGACUUCACAGACUCGGAUGAGGAGAUGGCUGGUCUUGCUGCCAGUUGUACGUCCCUCAAUGACAGUUACCGCAGGAUUAAAUCUGACCACGGCCCACUGUCUGAGGAAGAGCUGAAUGCCCGAAUCACUCGCAAGAUCCAGCACGCGGCCCGCAAACAGCAGAAGCAACAGGAGCAGAAACGCCUACGACAGGCUCAGGAAAUACAAAGGAAACUACAGGAAGUAGAUGUAAAGCAGCGUGAGCUCGAAGAGAAAGGUGUGAACGUGGAGCGGGCGCUCCGAGGGGAGGGUCCAGAGGGUGGACGCAAUGAAACUGAGCUUAUGCAGGAGUGGUUUAACCUAGUGCACGAUAAAAAUGCCCUCGUCAGACUCGAAUCAGAACUCAUGGUCAGUGCCCGAGAGCUGGAGUUGGAGGACAGACAAGGGAGAUUACAGCAUCAAUUGCGGGAGAGCAUGUCCCUCGAUGGUCUAGAUUAUGAUGAUAUAGACAAUGACGAUGUAUUUGAAGAACCUAGCCAAGUGAGAAUUGGAAAACUUUGGGCUUCAAUACGGAGAUAUGACUCUCUAAAGUCCCCUCUGCAACGAGAGAGAGAACAGCGCAUUUACAACGAGCUCAUCGACGUGGUCGAGGAGCGGGACAAACUGGUCGCCAUGCUGGAGGAUGAACGCCUCAGAGAGCAAGAAGAAGACGCAGACCUAGAGACCGUGAUGCGAGCGAAAGGCUUCUCCCUCUCUCCGACAUCCGGCUCUAAAAUUCUCCGCAAACGUGCUACAAAGUCGCAAGCCUGAUUUCCAGAUGUAGUUUCAAGAGAUGAUGUUGCGAGCGAAAGGUUUCACCCUCUCUGACAUCCGGCUCUAAAAUUCUCUGUCAACGUGCUAUGAAUUCGUAAGCCUGAUUUCCAGAUAUAGUGUUAAGAGAUGGUGUUAUGAACAAAACAAAAGGAUUCCACCUCUCACCGCAAUCUGGAUCCAAAAUUCUCCAUAGACAUGCUACCAACUAGUAAGCCUAACUUCCUGAUGUAUGAUGUGAGCAAAAGGAUUCUCUUUAUCACCAACAUCCGGCUUUAAUUCUUCAUAACCGUGCUACCUGGUCACAAGCCUGACUUUCAGAUGUAAGAUGUGAAAAGAUUCCCCCUAUCUUCGACAUCUGGCUUUGAAAUUAUCCGUAAACAUACUUCCAUGGAGCAAGUCUGAUUUUCUGAUGCUUGAUACGAGCAGAAGGAUUCUCCCUAACUCCCAUAUCAGGCUCCAAAAUUCUCUGUAGACGUGCUACCGAGUUGCAAGCUUGAUUUUCAGAUGGAGAGGUUUUAACGAAUAAUUUCCAUCAGCUCCUUUAUUUAAUGUUACUUAGAACUACAUGUGUUUGACUUGUACCUCGAUGCACUACUUCAUCCGAUGUACAAACACGUUGGGCAUUUAGUCACAGUGUGGCACUGGCUUUUGCUGUUUUCAUAUGCAUAUAUUUACUGUCUUUCCCUAAAAAAUCCAUGAUAUAUUGAUUAUUAAUUUAUUUAUUCUUUGAAUUGUUCAAUGAAAUCACAUGUGUUGUGUUUUAUCAACAAAUUAGCAAUAAACCUGUAAUAUACAUAUUAUAUAUUAAAUAUACAGGGAUUGUUGAAUAAAAAAAGGAAUACAGUUACCGGUAAAUGGGAAAUAAUUAAAUAUAUGAAUCUCCAUUAACAAUUUCUAUUCAUGUAAUAGAAAAUUUGAAGAAAAUUAAAAGAAAACUAAUUUUUGUUUGCCUUUCUUGUCAAAUAUAGUGUUUCGUGCUUUACCAAAUAAUGUUAAGUGUUGUGAAAAAACUUGAAAGAAAUGUGCUUCUUCGCUUCGUGCCUUUUUGUUCAUAAGAUGCCAUUUUUGUUUUUCGAAUAUGACGUUAGUAGUGGUUUCAGUUAAGAAAUGAACAUUAAACCAGUUUUCUGUCAACACUUGUCUUCAAGAUUUGUAUCCAUUCUGUUCUCAUUCAAGAAUACAAUUAUACAUUCUGCUGUGUACUGUAAUAUCACUCCUACGCGCAGGUUACCGAAUGUAGAAAAAUCAGCAAAUUAUACAUUCUGCUGUGUACUGUAAUAUCACUCCUACGCGCAGGGUACCGAAUGUAGAAAAAUCAGCAUUCUACCGGUAUGUGCUUAACAAAUAUUGCUCUCCCUGAGCCAAUAUAUGACCACUGUGUGCAUGAGUGAUAUCAAUUACAUGCAACGUAUUCUCUUCUUAUGAUUAAUUACUGGAGAAUGGUUUAAUUUUGUGAGGGCUUUCACGAUUUGUUAAAUUCAGCCAAUUUUGUGAAGUUAACAAUUCGUGACACAAUUGUCUGUAGAUAAAUAUUACGCUAGGAUUUUAAUUCAUAACUGAUCUAUUUCUGAAAAUGGUGAAUAUUAAGCCCCUGCGAAAUUAAGCCAAUAUUCCUUAUUUUGGGAUUGUGUAUAUUGUACAUUAUUUAUGAUAUUAUUUAAUUAAAGAGUACAUGUGAUGUGUUAAAUUAACGCUGAACAAUAUGGAGGUUGGACAUGAGAAGUAUUACUCAGUUCAUUUUGAUAUCUAUCAUUAUGAAACCUUGUUGACAUAAAUAAGGUUGUGAUCAAAUAGAAAUAAAUGUGAAUUUAUCAA